GUGAUAUGACUGGUUUCUUCUUUAAUUUUCAGCAUUUAAAUAUCAAGACACUGACAGAUGAUGUGUUGGAUAGAUUUGCCAGUAUACGUAUUCCAGGCAGUAGAAAAGAAAGACCGCCUCUGCACCUAAAACAGUCGCAUUCCUCUGUUAGCGAUUGGUCGUUAUCAUCGCCUACAGAUAUGGAUGAGUUCAUCCCUGAACCAUUAUCUGACAGAGAGAUCCUAACGCUUUUUGAAAAAAUGAUGGAAGAUAUGAAUUUAAAUGAAGACAAAAAGACUCCGUUGCGAGAAAAGGACUUCAGUACCAAAAAAGAAAUGGUUAUGCAAUAUAUUACUACUGCUUCUAAGGCUGGAAGCCUCAAGAGGAGCCGACAAGUUUCUCCACAGGAGUUCAUCCAGGAACUUAAAUCUGGAGCAAAUGAUGAAAGACUUGUCACUUGCUUAGAGUCUCUCCGAGUGUCUUUGACCAGUAACCCUGUCAGCUGGGUUGAAAAUUUUGGACAUGAAGGACUUGGUUUGUUGCUAGAUGUACUGGAAAGACUGGUUGAAGCAAAACAUCAGGACAAAGUUGUGAAGAGAUGUCAGCAUAAGGUCAUACAGUGUUUGAAGGCCUUCAUGAAUAAUAAGUAUGGACUGGAAAGAAUUAUGGGAGAAGAAAGGAGCCUGUCACUGCUGACCAAAGCAAUUGACCCCAAGCAAACUAACAUGAUGACUGAUGUUGUUAAACUCUUAUCUGCAAUAUGUAUUGUUGGAGAGGAAAACAUCCUCGAAAAAAUUUUAGAUGCUGUAACAGCAGCAGCAGAAGAAAAGAAUCUUGAGAGAUUCUCUCCCAUUGUAGAAGGCCUCCGGGAUAACUCCGUUCAGCUGCAAGUAGCUUGUAUGCAGCUCAUCAAUGCUCUUGUUACAUCUCCUGAUGAUUUGGAUUUCAGGCUUCACAUAAGAAAUGAAUUUAUGCGCUGCGGAUUGAAAGACAUAUUGCCGCAAUUGAAAUGUAUAAAAAGUGAUGCCCUGGAUAUUCAAUUGAAAGUGUUCAAUGAGCACAAAGAAGAAGACAUGAUUGAGUUCUCUCAUCGUUUAGAAGAUAUUAGAUCUGAACUAGAUGAAGUAAAUGAUGUUUACAACACAGUAUGGAACACAGUUAAGGACACCAAGGCCGAAGGAUAUUUUCUUUCUAUUCUUCAGCAUCUUCUGUUGAUACGAAAUGACUAUUUUAUACGACCGCAAUAUUUCAAAUUAAUUGAAGAAUGCAUCUCCCAGAUAGUAUUGCAUCGAAGUGGAACGGAUCCAGAUUUCACAUAUCGUAAAAGAUUAGAUGUAAAUUUCAGUCACUUAAUAGAUACUUGUGUAGAUAAAGCAAAACUAGAAGAAUUUGAAGAGAGAGCUUCAGAACUGUCCAAGAAAUUUGAAAAAGAGUUUAUAGUUCAUCAGGAGGCCCAGUCCCUGCUGCAGAAAAAAGAAGAAAAAAUCAAUGAGCUUGAAGCAGCAUUACAAGCUUUUAAGUCCCGGUAUGGCUCAUUACCACCUGGAUCAGCUGUUCCUUUUUCACCAUCAUCACAAGGAGGCAACUCUGUUCCAUCAGUUGCUACAUCAUCUCAUCAGUUACCACCACCACCUCCACCCCUACCUUUUAAUGGAGCUAUGUUACCACCACCACCACCACCACCACCUCUGCCACCACCAAUUUUGAAUGGCCCAGGAAUCCCUCUGUCUUUUGUUGCCCCUCCUCCCCCUCCUCCACUGGGCUUUCCUGGAGGGCAUUUGUCUCCACCACCACAUAAUUUGCCCUUUGGAUUGAAGCCUAAAAAAGAAUUCAAACCUGAGAUCACCAUGAAAAGGCUCAAUUGGUCCAAGAUUAGGCCACAUGAAAUGACUGAGAGCUGUUUCUGGCUAAAAACGGAGGAGGACAGAUAUGAAAAUGCGGAAUUACUUUGCAAACUGGAACUUACAUUUUGUUGUCAAAAGAAAGUUAAAAAAGAGGAGGAAGAUUUUGAAGAGAGGAAAUCCAUUAAGAAACGAAUCAAGGAGCUAAAAGUCUUAGAUCCAAAGAUUGCACAGAACCUCUCAAUUUUCCUUGGUUCUUUCCGAGUGCCUUAUGAGGAAAUCAAAAUGAUGAUAUUGGAAGUAGAUGAAACACAGCUGGCAGAGUCCAUGAUUCAGAAUUUAAUAAAACAUCUUCCUGAGCAAGAACAGCUCAAUGCGUUGUCCAGGUAUAAGAGCGAGUAUAGUAAUUUGUCUGAACCAGAACAGUUUGGAAUUGUGAUGAGCAAUGUGAAGAGGCUACGGCCACGGCUCAGUGCUAUUCUCUUUAAGCUUCAGUUUGAAGAGCAGGUGAACAACAUCAAACCUGACAUCAUGGCUGUCAGUACUGCCUGUGAAGAGAUAAAGAAGAGCAAAAGCUUUAGCAAGUUACUGGAACUAGUGUUGUUAAUGGGAAACUACAUGAAUGCCGGCUCUCGGAAUGCACAGACCUUUGGAUUUAACCUCAGCUCUCUCUGUAAAUUAAAGGACACUAAAUCAGCAGAUCAGAAAACAACAUUGCUCCAUUUUUUGGUUGAUGUUUGUGAAGAAAGGUAUCCAGAUGUUCUGAAUUUUGUUGAAGAUUUCCAGCAUUUAGACAAAGCCAGUAAAGUUUCAGCAGAAAACCUGGAGAAAAGCCUGAAACAGAUGGAAAAGCAGCUCCAGCAGCUUGAGACAGAAUUGGAGACUUUUCCUCCUCCUGAAGAUAAACAUGACAAGUUUGUGACGAAGAUGUCUAGCUUUGCAGUUUAUGCAAGAGAGCAUUACCAAAAGCUUUCCAGGAUGCAUGAGAACAUGGAAAAGCUCUAUCAGAAUGUGAUGGUUUACUAUGCCAUUGAUUUGAAGAAGGUUUCUGUGGAAGAAGUUUUAACUGAUUUGAACAACUUCAGGACCAUGUUCAUGCAAACAGUAAAGGAGAAUAUGAGAAGACGAGAAACAGAGGAAAAACAGAGACGUGCUAGAAUAGCUAAGGAGAAAGCAGAAAAAGAAAAACUAGAGAGGCAACAAAAGAAGAAGCGUUUGUUAGAAAUGAAAACAGAAGGUGAGGAGACGGGAGUGAUGGAUAGUCUGCUGGAGGCCUUGCAGUCAGGUGCUGCUUUCCGAGACCGGAGAAAACGAAUACCGAAGCCUCAAGACAUACCGCAAAAUCUGAGCCCAACCACUCAGAGGCCCAUUCUGAAAGCUUGUAACCAUGAGAACCAGAAAACCCAACUAGAAAAGCCACAUUCACACCACAAUGUCAAGUUCAACUUGCCAAGGAAUCCAGUCACCAAGGAGCUUGCUUACAAUACGGAAAGUAAUUCCUGCACAGCUAGGAGCAAGACUGUUGGGAAAAAGGAGACCUGCAAUGUAGAUGGAAAUAGAGAAAAGGAAACAGAACUUGUUGGCUGUGUGACCAAAGGAGAAGUCAUGCCUGAAGUAGAGGCUUUGCUGGCAAGAUUGCGAGCAUUGUAAGUUAACCCCACAAAACUCAUUAAGCAAUCACCGAAGAUAAGCUGUAAUAGGCAGCAGUAUUUUAAAAUACACUAAUUUUGCAUGACUGACAUUUACACACGUGUAUUUCAAACUUCUCAUGCUUUAUAUCUAGACAAACUUGCGAUGCUUUGCAUAUGAGUUUGAGACUGUGUUUUAUGCCUACCCAUAAACAGGCUUUAUGCCUUCCUACCUGUUGAGUUUGUUUAAAAUAUAUGAAGAAAGAGAUGCUGAAUUAUACUGAGAGACAAUCCUUUAGUGAAGAGAAUAUUUACCACAAUGUUGAGAGUUUUUUCUUCACAGCACACAAUACAUUUUAAACAGCUUUAUACUAUCAUGUUUGGCCAUCAUCUAGUAAUAAUAAAUAACUGCAGAAAAUAACUUAUAUUUUUUCCAUAUAAUUUCUGUGGUUAUCGCAUGCCGUCAAAUCUUUUUAGCAUCUAAAACAUGAUCAUUGCAUCAUAUUGCACACUUAGCAAGGGAAUGUAUGGUAUGUAAAUUUCUCAUAAUCACAUUUUAAUUUGGGUUAAACUAGCACCAAUGUGUGUUGGAUAUUUUGUGCAUUAGUAAAAUGGAAAGAUAUGGACAAAAACCAAGAAAUCUAUGCAAAAUAUGUACUUUAUAUAAAAGUAAUAUAUCAUUCCUGUUAAGCUUAGUUUUGAUGACUAUAUCAACUUAGUAUAUACAAUUUCUAUGAAUGUCAUGUUGCAAACAUUCCCAUAGGACAAUAUUUCUUAAUGUCUCAAUUCUUUUGCAUAUGAGUAAAUAUGUUUCUAUAUUAUUAUAAAGAAUAUCUAAUGGGAUAGACUUUUACAACUGGGUUUCAAUAAACUCGUUUUCCAGCUGCA